AUGGUUAAACAUGCUAAGAAACCUGAUGAAAAAAUCUCUAAUAAAAAAACAAAAACUGAUAAUAAAACUACUCUACAACAGAGUAGUACACUUGAAAUAUUUUUUACCAUUAGUAAAGUUUCUAAUAAAGAAAAAGUAAAAAGAAUAUGGGAUGAUCUAAACGAGGAGAAAAAGUUUCUCCUCGAAGAUGAAUUUGUACAGAUGCAUGAAGAUUGGUUAUAUCUAUUAAAAUAUGAAUUGGUUAGUGAAUAUUAUCUAAAUAUCAAAAAGCAAAUCACUUCUAUCGAAGGUAGAGGUAUCGAUGAUUCAUACCCAAAUGACGCAGAUGGUUUGGCGUUCAGUUCCAAGACUAUCAAGCUGUCACUUAAGAAGAUAUUUAAUCUAUUGGAAUGGGAUAUAGAAGACAUGAAAUGGUCAAGACCUAAAAUAAGAUCCUUGGAAAAGUGGUUAAAAAAUGUAUUACUUUUAAACUCGAUCUUGACAGUAGAAAGGGGAAAAUCUGGUUCGCAUAAUAGAUUGGGAUGGCAGAAAUUUACUGAUAAGAUUAUUAAGCUAGUCGGUGAUAAACGGGAA